CAUCUUAAUCCGCUGAUUAACCCUAAUCUCAAUGAUAUAACGCAUGUCCUCGGGUGCUUAAUUUUAUUGUUUUCUUAAUUGGAAAUAAUUUUACCUAUUUGUGUUUCUUAUGAUUUGCAAGAGAUAUAUACUUGUCGUUGAAACUACAUGUACUAUUAAUUGGGGCUCUGCUUGAUUGGAAUCAUUUUAGUCUCGGCUGAGGUCUUUCUUUCUCUAAUUCAAUCUGUUCUUCUUUUUUUUUUUCUUGCCCUUUUUUGCUUUUCUCUUGAUGACUAUGUAUCCCGCCAAUUAUGAGGGAAAUUUCCACAAUUUGGUGAAAUAACUGAUAAUUUGUAUCGGGUUUUCCCUUAUGAUUCAAUUUGUAUAGUUUAUUAUUACCAUUCACGGAUCAAAGUCAGUUCUUUAAAGUGGCUGGAUUACAGUUGCUUUGCCGAGAUGUGGUCUAUUUCCAUAUUAUGGGUUCGUUUCAUAGACAUGGAUUCAUUGGAUGACAUGACUGAUCAUGGAUGAGUGAAUGAGGAUUAAUUUCGGAGUAUUAGGCCCUGUAAAUUGUAUUUUUUUUCCUUUUUCUUUUUCUUGCUGUCAUUUUGUACUCAAUUUACCAAAAUUACCAGUAAAAAGCCAAUGUCUUAGAUAAAAAUUUGAUUGUAUAUUGGUUCUGAUGCUGAUUUUCUUCUCGGGAGUACUUGUAGCUGAUGAUGACGACGUAUUGGUUAUGCACUAGUUUGAUGGUUUUGCUUGCUUUCUGUCUGCUAUGGCGAGUGGUACUCUGGUUAGUCAAUCGCAAAUAAGCUUGAAAUGUGGUCAUGGACUCGUAUGGCUGAACUGUUCUUCUAGGUGUCUGAUGUAGAAUGUGAAUCUUCUUUAUGAAGUAAAAGUGAUUCUAGCUUCUAAGUUGGGAGUUCUUGUACUGGGUCCUCAGUGUGCAAGAUUAGUAAAGCUAGUCUAGUGUCAUCUUUUACAUGUUCCGUUUUAUGGUUUUUGGCGGAUUCACUGAUGCUGAUCAUUUUGAAGUUUGUUUUGGGUAAGAAAAGAGGUUCUGGAACUUAUGUAGAGCUGCGAUUUUGUACAUUCAUUUGCUGCCUUGCAACUAAGCAUUCAUUCUUUUACAUGUUCUGUUUUGAGGUUUUUGGUGGAUUCACUGAUGCUGAUCAUUUUGAAGUUUGUUUUGGGUAGGAAAAGAGGAGUUCCUUCUAAUGGAGAUCCGAAGUUGACCAAUUAUCGGUCUUCUGCUCAAUAUGAUGGAUAAAUUGGAUACAAAACAGGCAGAACUAGGCACAAAUUGGGAGAGGUCAUUUCAUCUAUAUGAAACUGUGAUUGCAGGUGAUGAAAAAUCUAAGCGUAUCCAAGCCACCUUCAAGCUUGGGCGCAUGUCCAAACAUGCACCUGAAAAUAUUUUAGCUUGUGCCAUACCAGUCCUUGUGGAGCUUCUCAGAAGCCCAUUUGACAAUCAGACUCCAUCCAUUCACGGAGCAUCUGCCUACUGCUUAAAAUGCAUUGCUUGCUUAGGGGAAGGUAGAUUGGCUGUAAUCAUCGGCCAGUGUGGGGCAAUUCCUUCCUUGUUGAGCUUAUUACAAGCUUCAGAAAGCAACCUGCAAAUGGUUAUUUUGAAAUGCCUUCGCAACAUGGUGACUUUCAGUGAUAGUAAUCGCCCGGCUGUAGUUAGAAAUGGUGGUUUGGAAAUUGUUCUCAAUAUGUUAAAUGCUAGUCCUGACGGAUUAAAAAGGCCUUUAUUGGAAAUUUUGAGUGCAUUAUCUCUUUUGAGAGAGGUUAGAAGGGUACUUCUCAAUUCAGGUGGCCUUCGUUUUCUUAUUGAAUCAGCAAAGUGUGGCAGCAUGGCAUCUAGAACUAGAGCUGCUCAAGGGAUUGGGUUGCUGGGAUUGGUUAAAAGAGCCAGGCGUACACUUGUUAAUUUUGGGGCAGCGGCAGCACUCCUGGACUUGAUUCAGAAUGGGGAUACUUCAGCUAAAUUGGUAGCUGCUAAUGCACUUGGUGUGAUUUCAUCGCACGUUGAUUAUAUUAGACCAGUUGCUCAAGCUGGAGCCAUCCCAGUGUAUGCUGAGAUUCUCGAGGGAUGUGAACCAUUAGGCAAGGAGAUUGCGGAGGAUGUGUUCUGCAUAUUGGCUGUAGUUGAAGAAAAUGCUGCUCCAAUUUUUCAGCACCUGGUUAGAAUCCUAAGAGGAAGUAAUGAUGAAGCUAAGGCAGCAGCGGCGGAUAUUACAUGGCAUCUGGCAAGUUACAAGCAGUUGGUGUCCGUCGUGCAGGACUCGGGUGCAAUUCCGGCGUUAGUUGAGCUCCUGAGGAGCGGUAAUGGUGAUGUUAAGGAAAAGGUUUCUGGGGCCAUUGCCCAAUUCAGUUACAAUAAGUCUGGGAGAGUAGCUCUUGCUGAUUCAGGAGUGAUUCCAUUGCUUAUUCAGAUGUUGGAGGACGAGUCUCAGGAACUGAGAGAAAAUGCUGCUGAAGCACUAGUCAAUUUUUCAGAGGAUCCAUCACUAGGUGAUAGAGUAUCGUGUGUGUUGGAUAGUCCUUUAUUUCAGGACACGCAGGAUAAACUGAUGCAAAUUCGUGCCUCUGAUGCACGCUUGGAUUCAUCUUUGAGACUGUUGAGCAUCGAACACCUCACUUUGGAUCCUAGCCUUUCCUGAUUUUUGUCCUUUAAAGGAUCUCUGUAAAUCGAGUUGCAAAUUGGCAAUGCAUGUACAUAUUCAGUAAGAGAAUGCCGGUCGUCUAAAACCCGUUUUGGCAAUCAAAAAAGAUGAAUGCUUGUUCAAGACAGUUUGUGCAGUUUUUCCUUGUCCA